AAUAAAUUAAAUUAGGAUGUUCUUGUAUUGUAGAUCCUAUAUUCCCAAAUAUAGUGCUAGUCAGGUCAUUAAGAAUGCCAUUUAGAGAAGAAAAGAACGUAAAAAUGUGAUGUAAGAGCAUUUGGAGAGAUUGGCUGAUAAAUUGGAAUAUAAAGUGUAUCCAUAUCACAUCACUCAUUAUGAUCCAGCUCAUCCUGAUUACAUCCCAGCAUAAAGACAGGAUUACAAACAAAGAUUGACUGUUGACACUCAUAAUAUGCUUGUGGAUGGAGUCAAAAGAGAUGUGGCCAUGUAGAGACAAGUGGAUCAAGCUAUUAAGAAUUUGGAUAGACCAUACUUGAAAGGCAAACAUGGAGUCAACAAAAAUGUUACUGGUGGUCUCAAAGAUUAUUUCCCCAUUGAAAUGCCAUAUUCAUAAGCAGGAAAUCUACAAAAUGAAGAAUUGGAAUAUGAAAAUGUGUUCAGAAAUGAAAAAAGAUGGAUUGCUUAAACUAUUUAUCCAGCUGAAAAAACUGAAAGCCAAAAGAGACAUGAAAAAGAAUUGGAAUCUAGACCUGUGACCAGCAAAUUCCAUCCAGAUAAAGGAUCUAAAUAUGAUGUCGAAACACCAUAUCAUUUAAGAUUCCCAUAUUUAGCUGAUAGAUUGGGACACCCUGAAUUCUUGGCCAAUCCCUUCUAAAGAUUGUUUAGAUUAGAAAGUGAUAUGUAUCAUCCAAGUUAUAAUGAUUAACCAUUUGUUUAACAUCCAUCAGCUGAUCCAGAUCCAACUUUGAAUUUCGAAGAAGGAGAAGUCAUCUAUGAAAACACAAGAUUAUAAGAAUGGUUAAAAUUUGUAUGGUGGACUGGAACAUUCAGUUUUGCUUGGAUUUGUUGGGUAUUACCGUAUAACAUUGUAUAUAAAACAAAUCUCAUGUUUGAUCACUAAAUAGAUGCUUCAUUCUAUCCUUAUCAUUUAUAAUCCAUCUAUAAUAUGGAUUACAUGAGAAUAAAUGUGUUGGCUGCGACUGCUGCUUCAGCCUAUUUAUGGUAUUUCCACCAUAUGUCAAUGAACGACAUUGGAAGAAACUAUGUUACUAAAGUUUAAUACAAUAAAGAUAAGGAGUUAAUCUUUGUCACCAGAAUGGGAUCUUUUGGUGUUGUUAGAGAAGAUGUCUUUGAAACUCAUCAUCUUGAAGUAUUGCCAUACUAUACUAAAUCGGGCGUGUAGAAUAUGAGAUAAAAUGAUUUAGGAAUGUAUGAAUUGUCAUGCUUAAAUAAAUAAGAGUUGAUGUACUUGUACAAGGAAGAUGCUUUCUGGAAUCCUAAACUAAAAACUCAAUUCCUUACAAAUCAUACUUAAUUGAUUUCCAAAUAAUACUUCGGAUUGAAGAGAAACGAAUAAUAAGAAUAUCAAAAGACCUAAACCGUAGGAGAAUUGCCCCUAAAAGAUUUACCUGCACCUUGAAUUAUCAAUCAUAAAUACAAUAUUAAAAUAAUAAUAUAUAAGUAUAAUUAA